UGCUUACAUGCUGUCAGGUUUCAUCCACUCCAACUAUUGCAGGACAUUGUGUAUAUUUUGUACACGACAGUUUUAACAGAAAAAUAUUUAUUUUAAAUUAUGGUUAAGGCAAAUCUACAAUUAAGUAAUCCACCGCCAGUUAGAUUUCCCUAUUUCACAAUCGACAUGUUGAGAACGAGAUUUGAAGCGUUUUGUGGGUUUAUUUUACUACUUCUCUCCAUCCUAACGUCGGCAUUACUCCCGAUACUUGGACACAUUUAUUUUAAAACUUCUGACAGAAAGAAACUAAAAACGAAUGCAGAUCUUAUUUCGAAAAAGGAUUUCGAAAGGGAGGAACAAUUUCAAGCAAUUGAGACACAAUUUCCAUUGAAUGGAAAACGCCAAAAAAUAUUAAAAUUGUCAGAAGAAAAACUAAUCAAUGCAUUACAAACUAGGAUUUUGUCUGCCACGGAAGUGUUGGAGGCUUACAUAUCAAAGGCAAUUAUCGUCACUCGAAAAUACAACUGCAUUACUGAAUUCAUCCCUGAAGCCUUGGAAUGGGCAUCGGAGCUGGACAGCUUGGAACAAAUUAAGGGUCCAUUGCAUGGAAUCCCAGUGUCGAUCAAGGAACAUUGCAAUGUUGUGGGAAUGGACUCGACGAUGGGUUUUGCUCAAUUUCUAUUUCGACCUGCGCAAGAAGACGCAGCAAUUGUUCAAGCUAUCAAAUUGCUGGGUGGAAUUCCCUUCUGCAAAACGAACGUCCCUCAAAGCUUGUUCACUUAUGCCUGUGGUAAUUCAAUUUUUGGGGAAACACUGAAUCCCCUUAAUCUGAAGUUAUCUCCUGGUGGGUCUAGUGGAGGUUGCGCCACUCUAAUUGCAGCUGGAGGUUCAAUACUAGGGGUCGGGACCGACGUGGGUGGGUCCAUUCGCAUCCCUGCACAUUUUUGUGGAAUUGCAGGUUUGAAACCAACCAUGCCAAGAAUGACACAGCAAGGUUUUCGGACUUCAGGAGCUAUCAUGGUUCCAAUUUCUGGGACAAAUGGGUUUCUUGCCCGGAAUACCAAAAUGCUAUGCUACGCAUAUAAAUCUUUGUAUGAAAGUGGAAUCUUGACCGAUUUAGACCCAAACGCAGUACCCAUUCCUUGGAAUGAAAAUCUAUUUAAUCCGGGAAGAAAGUUACGGUUUGGAUUUUUCACGUCCCAUUCGAUGUUUCCACUCUUGGGGGACACGGAAGAAGUCUUGAUGAAAGCAAUCAACAAACUUCAAGCAGAUGGUCAUGAAGUGGUUCAAUUUCUUAUGCCUGAUAUGGAAAAAAUAAUGGAAGUUAUUUGGGAUUCAGCAUUUGCAGAUCGAGGAAAGGUCUUUAAAAAUUUGUGGAAGGCGGAGUCCAUAUCGGACGCAGCCAUCACAGUCUACUGGAUGACCCGAUUGCCAUUAUACUGGAGAAGAUUAAUAGCAUACAUUUUAGAGUUCAAGAUGGGCCCAAUUAAGCUCCCAAUAUUUUACUCUCCAUUAACAGCAAAAUUACUUCGGUCUGGGACCAAGACAUGGACAAGUGAAGGUUUAUGGCGAAAUAUUGUAGAUCGUAAACUCAUGUUGGAUUACAUUAAAGGCCAAUUUUUGGCUAAUAACAUCGACCUCUUAAUUACCCCUGCAUUUCCCUUCCCAGCCAUUCCAUACAACAUGCCCGGAAAAAUUUUACAGGCCGUAGUAUAUACAAUGCCUUGGAAUCUAAUGGAUUUUCCAGCAGGCGUUGCACGUUUUGGCCGAGAAUCAGGAACUAAUUUUCACUCGUAUAGUCAUCAGGACGACUUUAUUUUAAGGCUUGCCCAAAAGGGUGCCAAGCAAAGUAUAGGAAUGCCUAUUGGACUUCAAAUUGUUGGACUUCCAUACCAGGAAGAGUUAGUCCUUCGUGGAAUGACUAUUUUAGAAAGUUUACGAUAAUAUAGCAUUUUAUAAGAAAAACAAUUUUUAAUACAUAGAACUAGAAGGCUGAUAUAGUCUUAAAUAAAAUAUUCCAAAUUUAAAUAGCUAAUAUUCAGCUCCAGAGAUUUUAUAUUUCUCUAUCUACAUAGUGGGGUCAUAAGUUCUCGUGAAUGCAUUUCCGGUAAUAAAUCCCAAAGUAUUAAAGCUA